GAGAAGCAGAUAGUAACAAGGAGCGAGAAGAAUUGAGUAACAGAGUUUGUGGAGUUUAGAAGAGAGAACAUCGUCACAAACAGAUCUCCGUAGGGGACCGAUGCAGCCGUUCCUUCAGUAUGUGCUGUUCUUCAUGGUGGUUUACACCUUUGCAAAAGAAACGCCCUCCAUGACUCUGAACUCCAGGCUUUACCCGAAUGGGUCGGAGGUCGAGUUGGCAGCUGGUUCCUCCUUCACCCUGUAUUGUCAUGGUAACGGUUCCGCCGGAGGCUGGUCCAGCUCCGCCUUCUCGCUGCGUUUGAUAGACUCCUUGGGCCCCAGCCUGGAGGUCGGACGCUCAAAACCCCGACACACGGGCACCUACCGCUGUGGGGACGCCUGGAUCCACCUCUACGUCAGAGACUCAGCCAAUCCUGCCAGUGCGUUCGAGGUUCCCAAACGAAUAUCGAACGUGGAGGAAGGGCGCGACUUCCUGUUGGAGUGCUUGCUGACCGACCCGUCCUUCAGCCAGCUGACGCUCCGGCGAGAGCGAGAGCCGGGCGGGCUGCCCCUGGGCAUGGUGGUGACCUUUGACCCCCAGCGAGGCGCUCUGAUCCGGAGCGUAAGGCCGGCCUUCAGUGGGAGUUACGUCUGCUCUGCUCAGAAGGAUGGCCAAGAGUUCACCUCCAAGCCUUUAUACCUGGUGGUCACUGGGUUGCGUGAUCUACCCGUCGUCUCCAUAGGUCAGGAUUCUUUUAUUCGUGUCGUGGGAGAGAGUUUGGAGAUAACCUGUCUCACAACCAACCUUGAUCACGGAGUCUCUGUUACCUGGACACACACGCACCUACAGGGGCUGGCCCUGACGGAGGGACAGAAGUAUAAGGACGAGACGUUAUACAAGAACCUCACGCUCACACUGCCCGCGGUCCAGGGGCGGCACAGCGGUCGCUUCACCUGCACGGCCAAAAACCAGGCUGGCGUCGCCACGGCAACCGCCAACCUGACUGUCGUCGACGCUCCUUACCUGAGGGUCUACCUCCUGCCUGUUCGGCAGGCUAACGUUAGCACCGCGCAGAUGACUGUGAGGCUGGUGGCGGAUGCUAGCGCUAACUCGACCUUUAGCCCCGGCGGCGCUAACGGUAGCGCGGGGGAGGCGCCUAGCGUGGUGGAGGCGUGGGAGGGGCGGGACGUGAGGCUGGCCUUCCUGACGGAGGCGUACCCUCCACUGCGGCACCAUCAGUGGGACACACCCUGGCUGAAUAACACCUCGCUCCAGGAGAGCACCAUCAGCCAGCCCGACAGGUUGGAAUCGUGGCUGCUUCUGAGAAAGGUUCGAUUUGAAGACCGGGGGAAAUACACAUUCUUCUUCUCUUCUCUGGUUUCCAGCGGCAACCGUACCAUCGAUCUCCGGGUUUACAGAUCCCCUACCGCGGUGAUCAAACCGAACGGGAAUCAAACUCUCAUCUGCUCCAGCUCAGGAUAUCCUCUGCCAGAACUCCACUGGUACAGAUGUCCUUGGAUCUCCGACACCUGUGGGGAUCAUCCCACAUAUCAGCUGUCAGAGGCCGACCAAUCAGGAGAGACCAAGGAGCUGAAUGGGGAAGUUCACAGGGAGCUGGCCUUGACGUUCAACGGUGGUAAUGUGACAGUGGAGUGCGUGGCCAGAAGCAAAAUGGGCGAGUCUCGUGUCCAGUACUACGUCCCUGUUGUGGCCCUCCCUUCAAAGCAAGACAGUCCACCUUCCUUCUUCAACCCUAUUCUGAUUGGGUCCUCCAGUGCCGCUCUGCUCCUCCUCCUCCUCCUAUUGGCUCUCCUCUACAAGUACAAACAGAAACCUCGCUAUGAGAUCCGCUGGAAGAUCAUUGACGUUAACCAGGGCAACGAGUACACCUUCAUCGACCCCACCCAGCUGCCCUACAACGACAUGAAGUGGGAGUUCCCCAGAGAGCAGCUACAGCUGGGCCUGGUGGUGGGGGCGGGGGCCUUUGGGAAAGUGGUGGAGGCCACAGCCUACGGACUGGGGGAGGAGGACAGCAUCAAGAAAGUAGCGGUCAAGAUGCUGAAACCCAGCGCUCAUUCAGAGGAAAGUGAGGCUCUGAUGUCAGAAUUGAAGAUUCUAAGCCACCUUGGUUACCAUGACAACAUCGUCAACCUGCUGGGCGCCUGCACCCGCGGAGGUCCCAUGCUGAUGAUCACAGAGUACUGUUACAACGGGGACCUCCUCAACUUUUUGCGUGGGCGGGCGUCCAUCUCAGCCGAAGAGGGCUAUAAAAACAUGGAGGGAAGCAGUCGCAGUGACAGUGGAAUCUCAUGUUCUGAAUACCAGGAAAUGCAGCAAGGUACCCAUCCUCACGGCCCACACACACUCCAAGGUGAGGAGGAUGGUAGAUUCAGUCUCCUGGAUCUCUUCCAGUACUCCUACCAGGUGGCCCAAGGGAUGGACUUCCUGUCAUCAAGGAAUUGUAUCCACAGAGACGUUGCUGCCAGGAACGUGCUGCUGACUGAGUUCCGCGUGGCCAAGAUCUGUGACUUUGGUCUGGCACGCGACAUCACGGACGACGACAACUACAUUAUCAAGGGGAAUGCCCGGCUGCCAGUGAAGUGGAUGUCUCCAGAAAGCAUCUUCCAGUGUGUUUACACCACGCAGAGCGACGUCUGGUCCUACGGAGUUCUGCUGUGGGAGAUCUUCUCUCUGGGUCAGAGUCCGUACCCCAACGUGGUCGUGGACGCUCACUUCUACAAGAUGAUCAAAGCCGGCCGGCACAUGUCCAAGCCUGACUACGCCACUGCAGAGAUAUACCAGCUGAUGAUUGGCUGUUGGAAUUUAGAGCCCACCCACAGACCAACAUUUACUGAGAUUGGCCAGUUGAUUAAGAACCUCCUCUCCACCAAUGAGGCACAGACACAUCAAAAUGACCCGAGUUCAGACCUGGACAGAGAGCAGGGUGUUAGGACAGCCGACCAAAGGCUCAAAUCAGAGACUGAAGAUGGCCCUCCACAAGUUUUCUCUCCUAGUGACCUCUCCUUGUUUCCUCUCCUAGACGUCUUUGAGGAGGCGGAUCCUCUUUUGAGGACGAAGAUGAGGAAGAACGUGUACCACUAAUAUGAAAUUAAUAUAUGAUAUGUAUAAAUGUGUUCUUAUGCUACACAUUAUAUACGAUAUAUAUUAACAGAUCUGUUAAUAUACUAUAUAUAACAUAAUAUAUAGUACAUGAUAUAGUAUACUUUAUUAUAGAUACUAUAUGACAAUGUCUGUUAAUAUAAUGUAUUAUGUAUAAUACAUGAUAUAAUAUAUGAUAUACUUCUAAAAACUAUUUUAUACAUACAAUAUCACCAUGUCUGCUGAGAGAAACAUUGUAUACACUAUAUAAUUAUAAUAUAUAUUAUACAUAAUAUAGUCGACUAUACUACAGUAUAAACCAUGUAACAUUUUGCAUACAUUGCAAUUAUUUUGCAUUAUGACAUUAUACUACUAUGUCAUCUUUAUUAUAUAGUAAAAACUUUUUUAUUAUUUAGGUAACAUUCUGCAUUAUUCUGCUUGAUUAUUUUUAUGUUUUUUUAGAUGGAUGUUUGAAUUAUAAGGUGAUUUUGUGUUCAAAUCAUGAUGAGAACAUUAUUUUAAAUUGUCAAUUUCUUAAAUUAACUGAUGAUUAUAUUUACUUUAAUUGAUUUGAAAGAAUAGGAAAUGUUAACUAAAAAUAGAAAAUCUAUCUCUCUUGAACGAUUACGAUGACGAUGUGGGCGGGGCCUAACUGUAACUGAAGGGAUGUGGGCGGGACCUAACACUUACGGUGUAGAGAUGUGGGCGGGACCUAACGUUACAGUUUAGGGUUGUAGGCGGGGCCUAACUCUUAAUGUGUAGAGAUGUAGGAGGGGCCUAACUCUUACUGUGUAGAGAUGUGGGCGGGACCUAGCUCUUACUGUGUGUGGUUGUGGGCAGUGCCGAACUACUCUGUGCGUUUUAAAUAUGAAUACUUAUAAAAGUAUUUUCAUUGAAAUUAUUAAAUAAUGUUGCAAAGUUUUUAUUAAACAUUUAAAAUCCAUACUAGACCAAGUGGGUCUAAGGUAAAGUGUGAGAACUGGGUCUAGGGAAAAGUAUCAUUACUGUCUAGGGUGGUAUCAUUACUGUGACUAGAGUACACUAUCAGUACUGGGUCUAUGGCAGAGGUUCUCAACCACCGGGCCGCGGACCAAUACCGGGCUGCUAAGGCCACAGGGCCACAGAGAUUAAGAAAUCAAGCAUUAUUUUUAUACGCUUAUUGCAUACUUGAAAACUGCUAACAGAUGAUGAAUAAGCUCAUCUUUAAUUUUUUAUUGCAUUGAUGUUUCAGUGUAUCAUAGUCGUGUUGUUUGACUAUUAUACUGUUACUGUCUAUUAAUAAAAUUGUGUUUAUAUUCUUAA